AUGGAAUUGAAUUUUGGCAAGGAAUCAGAUCAUUAUUCUUCGUCUUGUUCUUAUUCGUGGUCAUCCUGGUCUCUCGAGGAUGAACAUGAAGAAGCUAUCGAUAUUGUUCGAAGAGGGAGGGAGAUUUGUAGUUUGGUUCCGGGGGACAAGAAUGUGACUCUGAGGGGCCACCUCUUGACAAGGUUGCUUGUUGGAGAAACAAAGGAGCAUUCUAUGCCCUUUGUUGAAAAGGUCAAGAGAUAUUUUCGGUACAAGACUCACUUCCAGCAACUCGGAUCGGAGAGAGGUUUUACGAUUAGAUUUGGACCGUGGGAGGAGGCUCCUUUUAGGAAAAGUCAGGGCGAUGCUUGGUAUUUCAGUAAAUUCAUACAGAAUACUGUUGAAUCCAAGCCCUAUUCCAGAGGAUGCUGGCACCAGGAGUAUUCUUGGGAUGGUUCCAAACGAAAAUAUUAUGUGCGCGGAUUCUGGGCCACCAAAGAUUUCGAACAUCCGUUAUUAGUCGCUGACACGUCUUUAAAGCUAAUGGAGCAGCAUGCUUCAGGAAUUGCUCAUCCUGAGGGAAAUUGUUUGUUUAAGUCACUGCCGAAAGUCCCACCAUAUAACGGCUUCGUUCCCGCAGAGAAGUCCUUCAAACUGGCAUUUAUUCAGAUUUUUUAUAAAAACGCGGACGGCGUACACUCCCAGAACGGAUCAUGGCAGUUGACAUACAACAUAGAUUUACCCGAAUUAUGGGAGCCAAUCGGGACCGAGGGACAUUUAUUUGGGGAAGACAAUUGCAAGCCUUCUGAGGAGAAUACAGAAGAGAUGGGAACGGCCAAUGCAGAGGACAGUGAGGACGAUUGGUUCUAGAUGUUCUUUUGCUCAUCCAAAAUAUAUAUACAUAUAUUCUCCCUUCCUAUAAUGGAAUCCUUUUUCCUCCCCUCCUUCUUUUAAAUUUAUAUUGUAAAGAAAUUCAAUUU